UGGGUAUAUCUUAGGUAAAGUCCAGAUCAGUAUUUUAUGAUAUUAGCCAUAGCUGCUACAAUACUAUUGGUGCCAUACUAGUAAAUAUAAUACGGUAAUAUAAACUGCUGUGAUACAUGUUUAAAAGAAUAUGAUGGUUGUUUAAAAGUUCUCAGCAUAAUUAGACUUAUUUUUUUAAAGGCAUAUUUUGGAAUGAAAUAUGCACCAUUCAGUGUGUAUCACAGCAUAUCAUCCCAGCACAUCUCACAGUUAUGUUUACAUUGGUCUCAUAGUCAUCUGUUGUCAAUCUUUUCCAUUGAUCCAGUUGUGAAGCAUUUUGUCCAUCUUUACGUCAUGAAUGUUAAUGUAAGUUGUUAUGUGCAUUUUAUAAAGCCAUUCUAUCCAUUCCGCACUUUUCAUAGCCGCUGGACAGACGCAGAGAGCGUCCUGUGACUUCUUUCACGAUACCAUUAUAAACACAAAAACAUUUAUUUUUUGGUACUUUUCUGUGGUGUUCUCCAAAUCAUGACUAUGUAGUUCACUGUCAAAUUAAUUUCUCUUUUCUUCUCAAAUAAAAUUUUAACGGGGAGACGGAAACGAGUGGAGUAAAUUCACAAUUAAAUCUGCCUUUCAAAAAAACUAGAGGAACCUGGUGUGGGAAUCCUCAGUGGAUUUGUGUUGGCGCCGCCUAAUGGAUCGGAAGCUGCUGAAGACACAGAGAUUGGGGCAGGACUUGGCUUCAAGAUCUUGGGAGCUUUCUGUUCUCUGGACUCUGAAGCUGCAGACUCAGAGGGGGCACAGGGGGGAGGGGACUUUGGGAAGAAGUUGAGUAACUCUUUAUGGACCUCUGGAGACCAUACCCAGGGGUCAGAGGGGAGAGGGGACCUCCCAUCCGCCAGGGGGGUCAGUCCAGAUUCUCAGAGAGCGGUCAGUCUUGAUGCACCUGAGUGCUCCUCUGGGCAGAGCGAUUCGCUGGGCACCUCUUUAGUCCGCAGCACAGCCUUUGAGGACCUCACCUCUGUUGAAGAGAAUAGAUUGUGGGUAGAUGAAGACCAGGGUCUAAGGAUUUCAAAAGAAGCCAAAAAACAAGGACUGGCUUUCGAUCAUGCCGAGUCUCUCCAACAGGCUGCUGCUGCUUCUAAUACUGGAUCUAAGGAGUUUGUGCCAGGAAGCCCUGAUUCCUUUCCGGUUCACAGUCUAUCCUCUUCCCACUUUUUUCUGGAAAACUCUGUACCAGUGGACAGAAGCCCCAGACAUUAUUCAGAACAUCUCCAGGAGGUACAUGACGCUGUCUCAUCAGCUUUAAAGGACACUGCCCAGUUUGAUGUGGACAACCGGCUGGAGCGACAAAUAGAGUCACAGGUCAAUGGAAACACGGUGUCUUCUGAUAGUGACAAACAUUUGACAACAGUACUAUCUGACAUAGGUGUAAUUAACCCUGUUUUAGAAUUAGAAGGAGCAAGCUAUAUGUCCAUACCUGAUUUCGUCGAGGAUCCCAAUACGAGAGAUGUUGUACAGUCCACCAAGACCACAAGCGAACUCCAGAAAACUCCCCAAAGUUCUCCCGCAAGAAAGUCAUUGGUCCCGGUUGCUAUAUACAAAGCUCAAGCAAAGAUUGAAAACGACAAUGCUGAUAAGAAGACAACCAAAACUGCCACCAAAGCUAGACCCACAUCUGGCCUUAAAAGACCCUCCCCAGUCAACAGAACCAGAAAUGGGCCCACCUCAUUACCCACUAGAGCCGGCAGUGUAGGGGCCAGGCAGUCCCGUACUUUGGGUGGUGCUAGGCCACAGGCCCCCGGAACCAAGAUUCCCGCCAAAACCCCAGCUCCAGCAAGCGGCAAGAACAAAGACAACACCAGUGGACAGAGCAGCCCUGGUACUCCCAAGUCUCCCUCCAGCAAGACUCUUCCCGGAAAGCCCUUGGCUGUGGCCACAAACCAGGUGAAAAAGGUUGCGGUGGUGCGCACCCCACCCAAGUCUCCUGGCUCUCUCAAGAGCCGCGCCCCUGCACCCCUCACCGCAGCGGCCCCCUUGCCGGACCUGAAGAACGUCAGGUCCAAGAUCGGCUCCACAGACAACAUCAAGCACCAGCCUGGAGGAGGAAGGGUACAAAUAAUUGAAAAGAAGAUCGACUUAAGCAAUGUGCAGUCUAAGUGUGGCUCCAAAGACAAUAUCAAACAUACACCCGGAGGUGGAAAUGUCCAAAUCCUCGAGAAGAAGUUGGACGUAAGCAAUGUCCAGGCUCGUUGUGGAUCCAAAGCCAACCUGAAUCACACUCCUGGAGGAGGCAGGGUGCAAAUACUAGAAAAGAAGGUGGACGUAAGCAAUGUCCAGUCUCGCUGUGGCUCCAAAGAUAAUAUCAAACAUACACCCGGAGGAGGCAAUGUUCAAAUAGUCCACAAAAAGAUUGACCUGAGCAAUGUUAAAUCAAAAUGUGGUUCUACAGCCAACAUCCACCACAAGCCAGGUGGUGGGAAUGUUGAGAUCAAAUCUGAGAAAUUGGAUUUCAAGGUCCAAUCAAAGAUCGGCUCCAUGGACAACAUUGGACACGUGGCCGGAGGUGGACAGAGGAGGAUUGAGAGCCACAAGCUGACGUUCCGUGAGACGGCCAAGGCACGCACUGACCACGGGGCCGAGAUUAUCUCCCUGGAAGACGACCCCCUGUCCCACCAGCUCAGUACCUUGUCCUCCUCCGGCUCCAUCAACAUGGCUGACUCACCGCAGCUCUCCACACUCGCUGACCAGGUAUCUGCCUCUCUGGCCAGCCAAGGCUUGUGAUUGGCUUGGUGGCACACGAUGGCCGACCGGAAGUCUCCUGACCGACCACACUACUUUGACCGCCCACGUCAGAGGAGUCAUGACGCCUGUCGCCUUCCUCCUCCUUUUCACGGGACUUUUUUAGCUAUACCCAUCACUGUUUCUCUUCCAUCACCGACUGUUCUUCUUCAUGAUGCAUUUAUUGUUAGAAAAGAGGUCUUUAAAAAAAAAAAAGAGAUUCAAGUCGGUCAAGUUAGAUGAUUUAAUUUCUCUCUUGAUCUAUUUUUGUUGUCAUCAUUUGUACCGGUUGUAUAAAUGGCCCUUUUUAAGAGUUUAAAGAGAACAAACAUCCAAACAAACCCAGAAUCCUACAAGUGUUUCUGGACAUUUUAUUUGAACUUUGAACCCAUAUUUAAUUCACUUUAACUCGAUAAAUCAUUUUACUGUCCCAAUGACUGCGAUUCGAAGCCCUUAUUUUACAAAUGUCAAUUUUUGAUGUGCAAAUGAUCUGUGAUGGCUGUCUCCUGAAUGGCUUUUUGAUACAUGGAAAACAAGAGGUUUGGGAGAAGUGGGCCCCCCCCUUCUACAAUGUGUUGAACAUAAGAAAACACAUCCUCCAUUUACGGGGUAGUAUGAGGCAAAGAAGUGAGGAAAGGUGGGCUCAUGUAGCAAAAGCUCUCAUUCAGACAGUAAAAUGCUUUUAGACCUCCCCAACUUGCUGUCUGCUUUGGUUGCCGCUAUACACUGCAUACCAAGGUAGUAUAGUUCAGAGGUAAACAUUUUCCUUCAUGGACAAAAGAAGAGGGAUACAGAAUGUUUAGCGUAGAAACCUUGGUUUGUGUUGGGCACACACUUUUCUAUUUGUAUUCUGUGGAUAUGACAUGUAUUUGAUAUGGAAACAUUUGUAUCGGGCCUGCUACUGUCAGUGUUAAUUUAUUUUCAAUAUUCUGUUAUGGCUCUAUUGUAAAUGCGCUUCAGCUUUUGUCUUAUGCGGUGUGGCAGUUUACAUUUAACAUUAUAUAGGCUACUAGUGACAAAAUAUUUGUUAAUGUUUAAAGAUGACAUGAAUUCGAGGGGAAUACUGAAUACUGAAUGACUAAAUUAACAGGCUUAGCUAUGCCAGGCAAAUUGUCUAACCAAUUAUGGGUUGUGUCGUUUAAUGUAAGACACGUAAUUUCACUGAACUUCUCACUAAUUUGGCUUCAGAUCACGCAGAAAAAAUUUGCUUGAUACUCAGCAAUAUGACAUCAUCAUUCAGUGGGGCAACUUCCUGCUUACACACAAUUCUGCCCGACUACAUUGCAGACGCCUGCCAAAUCUCACAAUGCUUGGAUUGGUGUUAACUAUCAGCUAAACACAUCAUAUGAUUUAGCAAUCUGGUGUCCGACUGCACAGUUGAUGAUGUGGCACGCAAACAUUGGUUGAUGCAAUCCAACGCCUGAGCAGGCGAGCACAACCAAUAUAGUGCGUUCAAGAAAAUCAGAAAAGAACAGACUGGGAAGAAUCUUGACGUCAGUAAUCUUCAGGUCAGACAAGUCGGAGCUCUAGGAUGAUGCCCGAGAUUCUGAAUUGUAAUUCCGAGUUGGAUGACCCUCCGUUCAAAACUAUUUUUCCCAGUGAGAGCUGUUUUUCCCCCAGAGUUCUCAGUUGUCUUGAGUGCACUAAAGUCGGAGAUUUCCUUGUUCAGAGUUGGCUGGAACGCACCAAAAGCAGCAACUCCAGUCGCCAAGACUGCCCCUAUUGGUUCUUUCAGGUUUGCACUCUCCCUUGAGGUAUGUCCACAUUGGGAGGAGCCAAUUUGCUGUUUUGGCAGAUUAGAAUUAUGUUAAUUGAUUUUUGUAAACAGGAAGUUGCCCCGCUGUAUGUGAUGAUGCCAUGUAGCUCACUCUACUUUUUACCCUAAAAUGUUUAACCAUCUGUCACAUGGAGAAACGUACCUUUCGGAUAUAUUUAGAUUUAGGCCUACUAAUUGCCUGCGCACGAGCAUGCUCGUCACACUUUCCUCAACUUGUCUCACGGGUUAUAAAGCUAUGGUCCUUUCCCUGGAACGUAUACGACGGAAAUGUACGAAACUCUCUCACACGCUCAAAUGGAUAAGUGUUUUAUCCUCAUGUAAACCCACCGUGGUUCACCAAUCACCACUAUAUUAUUCUCGUCAUUGAUUUGCCUUCAUAACUCCGAGCCAAAAUACCAUCUUAAAAGUCCUUGCAUGCAUUUCAUGUAAGAGUAAGCGGUCUGCCUCUCCUUUUACACUGUGCUUUCAUUGUACCUCCUGUAACAUCUGCUUUGUCUAUAUAAGCAUACAUGUAGGUAUUAGUGCGAGGGAAUAGAACCCAAAAGGCAACCCUUUCCUUUAUGUGGAGAUUAAGGCGCAUUGAUAACAUUAUACGACUUCCCAGUGUGUGUGUUUGACUUGUAUUGACAAUAUAUAUUUCUCGGGAACUGGCCAGGGCAUUUGAGAAAAGGUGUGCUUGCAACACUACAAUCUGCAUGUUAAACUGUUGGUUACUUUUCAUCAUAAUGGACAACAUUUGUUUGAAUGUGUUAAAUGGGUAUGUGCACUGUGUUCUGUGUGGAUUACUGAGACUAAUAUGUUGGAGGGCAGGUGCUGAUAAAUUCCAGUACUAACAUUAUCAGUACUCAAGGGGAAAAGUUGGGGAAAGGUAUUUUUUUUGUUUUUUUGGGUGGUCCUCUCCACUGGCCUCUGUUCUGAGGUCAAUGGAAAGAGUUUGCAGUAACACAUUUCAUCGUCAUCCUUUUGUUAUUUUUGCCGCUGUACAGUUGUGUGGAAAAUGUGAUUGUUGAUAUUGUUAUUGUGCAUUUUAUCAAUAACUGGUGUAUGAUGAUUCUUGUCGCUGUGAAUUUAAAAAUAAACUGUUAAACCAUG